CAAUGGGCGGUUCUCGCGCAGCAGUUGUUCACGUGUGAAAGACUUCCUGAUACAGUUUGGACUGUAUUGUAUUGUGUUUCCAGUACAGCGGAUAUUCCUUUUUCUUUUAGAUAUAGACCAAGUAACUGAAUAUGUGCCGGGGGAGCACGAGGAUGGAAUAUUCCAGUACCGUGAAUAUGAAACCGGACAGCUGACUGUCACACCUGAGAACAACCAAUCGCCUUUUACUUCUUAAACAGACUGACAGAUACAUCACAAUACAGCAGUGUUUCUCAACCAGGGGCCACUGGAGGGCCAUUUGUUGGUGUCCAUCAUGAAGAAAAGAUCCCAUCGAGCACUAGAUCAAGAGGAUCCUCUGUGCUGCUGCGAGUAUGUGAACCGUCAAGGUGAGCGGAGCCACAUGGCAGCAUGCUGUUGCGACUGUGAGGAUUUGGACGAGGCUUGUGACAGGUGGAUGAAGAGGGAAGAACAAAAAACAGACUCCGUGUCUCGAGUGUUGGCCACCAUUAAUGAUCGUCUACGAGUGCCCUGGAUAUCCGGGGCCAGACCAGUUGACCUCUCGUUGAUUCCUCCCCUUAUACUGCUUCCUGUUUUUUUACACAUAGCAUCUUGGCACUACCUGUUGGGUAUUAUAGUGCUAACAACAUUACCGGUCACAGUUCUUUGGUACUACUACGUCACCCACCGCAAGAAAGGACGUACUUUGUUCUUCCUCAGCCUCGCCAUCCUUUCCCUCUUCUACAUGUUCUACCUCUUCGUCACUGAAGUUUUUUCCCGUGGUGAUGUGAAUCAUUUUCAGUUGGGUGCCGUGACCACCGGUGUCGCUCUCACAGUCAUUUUCCUCAUAAACACCAAGAGGGGGCCGGGUUAUGCCAGGCCACGCCCCGCUGACACUCAUAGCACAGUUACCUAUCACAGCCCACCGGCGGACGUAGAUGGCGCAUAUCUAAAUGGAGCCCGACAUCAGGUGGUGAUAGCCAAUCGUGUGAGUUCUCUCCAUCAGAGCGGUGAAUCUGGGACAGCACAGGAGAGCGUGGAGCACAGGGAGGUUCAGAGGACAAACUGGUGUGAUGUUUGCAAGCUGGUACGUCCCCCGAGAGCCGGGCACUGUCGGAUCUGUGGCGUCUGCAUCUUACGUCUAGACCACCAUUGUGUCUGGAUCAACAGCUGUGUGGGACAGGCCAAUCACAGCAGUUUCCUUCUCAUGCUUUUUUUCUUCCUGUUGACGUCACUGUACGGCAUCAGUUUGGUUCUGGGAAGUGUGUGUCCCCAGCAGAACGUGAUGAUCGCUCUUUUCUACUGUCCUAACGUGUACGACCAGUACAGCACCGCUCUGUGUUUCACUUGCGCCUGGUACAGCAGCAUUGUGACCGGAGGUCUCCUGCACCUCCUGGUUCUGCAGCUUAUCAACGUAAGCUAUAACACGACCGAACGAGAGGCACGUCUCGCCAUGAGAGAGAAAACCGGCCGCAAGCUGCUGUGGGGUCUGAUCGUGGACACGGGCGCCUACUCCCGAGGUUUCUGGAACAACUGGACAGAAUUCUUAACCAUGAGCAAAACUCUAGAGGCAUCGACCUCCAAACCAACACACUUGGUGUAGAAGUAAAUCGUAGUCUCUUCUGACUGAUGGACCUUGUUGGAGGGAUGCUGAUGUAUAGCAGGGGAUUAAAAGUGAAUCAUCACUCAUAUACUAAUGUGAAGCAUAUUAUUGUGCUACCUUAUGCCUUCAACAGCUGUUCCAGAGUCAGUUUUAUGGCUCUGAUUUGUGUGGUCUGUCUAAAAAUAUAAGAGAUGGAUAAUGCCUGUUUGGACCACUAGAUGGCAGUGUCACAGUGUGCUACAUCUUUACCAGUGUAAUUCAAUAUUAUAGUACAUGAUCAUCAGGUGUGAUCCGAUUAGAUGGUGUUUACAAGGCAAGUCAUAUGAGAUAUAAAAGGACAAUUUAACACAUGCAUUUUUUUAUUUUAAUGAUUAUUGAUGGCUACAUUUUUAUGCAUAUAUAUGUUCAGUUUUAUCUUUCAUGUUUCAGUCAUCUUGCAUUGUUUAACUCUCAGUUGUAUUUAUAGCAUUUCACCUUUUCUUCACUAAAUCAACUUCAGUGUGGCCCAAAGCAUUAAACGGUAACAUGUCUUAUCAGAAAGUGUUUUAACUUUGUCAGGAAUGUUGUCGUGAUGAGUCAUUGUUAUUCAUUGCAUUUCUGGUUCUACAUUUGCUCCCAGUUGGAUUAUGACACUUAUUUUUUUGUCACUUCAAAUCUAAAGUUUCUCCACGGAGUUAUGAGGUUAAUGAACACUUUACAGCUGUUAUGUCAUCCUAAUGAAUGUUUAAUGUUAGGGUUCAAGUUUGUGUGCUUUUCAUGUUAUUUAUCUGAGGACUUUCUGUUGCUUUGCAUUCAGCUACUUUAAGAAUUUUGCAUCUUUGAAUCAAAGCGGGUUGCAUUUCUUCACGUUCCUUCUGAGCACAAAAUCAUUCACAGAUACAAAGGCGCUUCAAAUCCGGAUGUUUGUUUUCUAUUUGUCUCCAUCAUUGAGUUUCAAAUGGGAUUAGAUUUUACACAACAAGUUCAUUCAAAAUGUACUAUGGAAAAAUAAACAAGCAUAAAAAGA